AAAAAAUGCCUCAUUUCAAGUUUUAUUAUUUUGAUGUCCGUGGACGAGGGGAGGCAAUUCGUCUGCUCUUCCACCUUGCUGAUGAGAAAUUUGAUGAUGAGCGCUUUGGAAUGGAGCAGUGGGGAGUUUUGAAAUCCGAGAUGCCGCUCGGACAGGUUCCUGUUCUUGAAAUUGAUGGUGUCAAAAUUAGCCAAACUACAGCAAUCGCUCGUUAUCUCGGACAUCAGUUCCACCGCGCGGGAACCAAUGCUGUGGACUGUGCUCGCUUGGAUAUGAUUGCUGAAGUUAUUCAAGAAUUCAUGAGCUCUUCCGGAAUGGGAAAGUUUUCCCGAGUCUUGCUCGGAAUGAUUCAGGCUAACAAAGAACAAUUCUUCAAGGAGAAUGUUCUCCCAGAUGUUGAGAAAUAUGCUCCAAUUGUCGAGAAGUUCCUCUUGGAAAAUGGAAAUAAUGGCCUGCUCCUUGGAGAUCGCGAAACCUGGGUUGAUGUUUUUGCGGCUGAAAGUUUCUCCAAGCUCAUUGAUUACGGAAGCCCAGAUGCUCUUGAUGCCUACCCUCACAUUUUGGCUCUUAUCAACCGUGUAUUCAACCAUCCAAAUAUCAAGAAGUACGUCUCCCAAAGAAAAGCUACCCCAGCUUAAGGCAUUGCACAAUCAUGACAAAUAAAAAUAGUAGCUGCGACUCUUUAUUGAACCUUUAUUUUUUCAUGAAAAAAGUUAUUAUUGUACAUUGAAUGGUAAUAAUAAACGCUUUUUAUCAG